CAACGAUACAAGCUCGACGUCGUGCCCACCGAGCAAGCCAACAAGCCAGGCCAGUCAAGAAGAAGACGUCAAACGAGAACCAACGGAGAGAUAGAGUCGGUAUUAUUAUUUUCGGUUCACGAUUCAAAAUAAAAAAUCACCGGUAUUCGGUGAUAGUGGAGUGUCAGUGAGGUGUAAGCUUAGCCGGUAAAAGUGUGUGCGAUACGACCUACAGUGGCCCCCAAAUGCUUGCCUUGCGUGGAAUCGAGAACCUCUUUAAUGUUCAUGUUCCGAAGCAGGAAGACAAACCUCACUAAGCGCCUGGUGAAGGCCAGAAAAAGACGAGGCAAUGAAGCCAGGCGUCCGACAGAGGAAGAGGCGGAAAUGAGCGUGAUUAACCUCCUGAAAAAGCUGCACGAAAGGCAGUUAGAGAUGCUGUUUAGAGCGGUGGACACCCGAGGUCAGGAUCCGAGCAAUUGCGUCCUGUUGCCGCGGACGCAUAACGAGGAACCGCACGUGUUGUUCUGUCAAACCUGGCGAUGGCCAGAUUUGAGAAAGGGCAGUGAACUGAGAAGGCUGCCGAUGUGUAAGUCGCCACGUGAUCUUGUCUAUGAUUGCUGUAAUCCUUACCACUGGAGCAGACUAUUACAGCCUGAAAUACCACCUCCUCCAUAUAGUCGAAUAGAUAUGGAUCAAUUAAAACCCGAAGAACGCGCUCCUAGUGAAGUCCCUCUCGUUUGUCGAGAUUCCUAUCCUGGUUCGCUCACCACGAACGGAGAUUCUGUGAAUCCUCUGGAAUGGUGUAAGCUGGCGUACUGGGAACUGUCGAGUCGCGUUGGUCCACAUUUUCCUGUUGAAACUCCGGCUGUGAAUGUUUUUGGAGACGUGUCCCAUCCCGAUGGUUUUAGUUUAGAAACAUUAGCUCAACAUAGUUUUAGUCCUCCCAAGUCAGUCGAAAAAACUAGGUGUAAAAUUGGAUUAGGAGUAACACUAUCUCGAGAAGGUGACUGCGUUUGGGUGUACAAUCGCUCAGACCACCCCAUCUUCGUCAAUUCCCUGACUUUAGAGGACUCAAACUACCACAUACCUACUCGUGUACCUGCCGAGCACUGCCUUUGCGUUUACGAUCCCCACAAGGCGGCUCAACACAAUGGAUGGAGCUACAACCAUCCUGAGAUCGGUCCAGUCGAUCCGAAUUCCAUUGGGAUCAGUUUCGUCAAAGGCUGGGGCCAGAAAUAUUCCAGACGACAGAUUACGUCGUGUCCAUGUUGGUUAGAAAUUUUACUUGCGCCUUGUAGGUGAUUGACAACCAAGGGGGUUGGCCAUAGGAGAAGAAUGGACUUUUUAUUUUUUAUUGAAGAGAUGUUGCAUUCGGUAAAUAGGAUUAGGCAAACAUUUAAAGAAGACUUAUACAUAUUUCUGCGUUGGUUUUGAUCUAAAGGUUUAUUUUCAUUAAAAAUAACCUUUGUUUAUUUUUUUUAAGAAAUGUUUUUGAACAAAUUUUCAUUGUUAAAAAAAAAAUAACUGAAUAAGAAUAAAUAAAUAUUUCAUCAUUUAUAGAAUUAGUGAAUCAAUAAGUUUCCCAAUUUAAAAAAUAAACCUCGAAAUAUUAAUUAUGAUAAUUUCAAUUUCGUGCCGUUUUUAAGUUUCUGUAAAAUGACAUUUCAAAUUAUUAAAACAUAUUUGGUAACUGGCCAAAAUCGCCUGUAAAUGUUUGAUUUUUCCUAUUUUUCGGGGAUAUUGUGUACAAAAUAUACUUUAAUUAUUGUGAUGAUGGAGAAAGUAAAAUAUUGAUACAGAAUGAAAGGUUGGUGGUUAAUUUUGUGGUGUAACUUGAGUUCCGUCCGAUUUUUGUAUUACAGAUUUUCGCACUGUUUACGAAUUAAAAGUUUAAAAAAUUGUUCAAAUUGGAGAAGAAUAAAUUUAAAAAAUCAACCAAGAACAAAAAAUCGUAAAACCAUAUGCAAGCAUAAAUGUAACUACUGCUUUGUCAGAUAAGGAUUAUAUUUUUAUAAUUAAAAAAAUAUUUGGAUUAACUUUUUAAUUGACAUCCAGAAAAUUUAUCAAAUAAUAUUUUGAAUAGUCAAUUUUUUAGACUUUUAUUAUGUAAUCACUGGGAUAAUUUGAGGCCUAUUUGAAACAAAUAUCUCGUCUAUUUUUAAACGUUUGUUAAAUACAAUCAUUAUCUGAAUUUCUCAUGUGUAUAGAAAAUUUUGUUUUGAAAGUAGACGAUCAAAAUUUUUCAUUAGAGGAUAUAGUUUUUGUGAUCUGAAAAAAUCAAAGUCAAUAAUGUUUUAUUGUAAAAUCUGUUUAGCCAUUAAACAAUCAAUAGUUUCGAAACUGUCAAUAAAAGGAAGUCAGUGUAAUUUGUAAAAUUGUUGUGUUCCACCAUUUUGAAAUUAGUACCUUAAAAAUUGUGAAAUGUUACCGUAACUUAAAAAAAUUAAGAUUUUAACAAGAUCCACUAUAACUAAUGAAUACUAAUUAGGUGAACAAUAAAACUUAUGUACGAGGGUCAAUCAAAUAUAAAGUUUUUUUUUUAAUUAAUAUAUUCCAAAUAAAAAUUCAAAACAAUCUCAAAAUGUUUCUACAUAGUCUGCUUGAAAAUCUACAUACUUUUGCCUAAGCCGAGGAAGUUUGUUUGAUUCAUUUCUCAUAAAAAGUUUGGUACUAUGAAACAACCGGGUUGCACAUGAACCACUCUACAUCAUUGUUAUUUCAAAACGCUGCCCAGCCAUUGUUUCUUUCAGUUUCCCAAACAAAUGAUAUUUGCAGGGCAACAACUCCAUGGUAUAUAUAGGGGGAAUGUUGCAAGAUUUUCCAGUGGAAUUCAGCCAAUUUUUUUUGUGUGUGUGAGGACAAACAUCGUGAUGCAAAAUCACAUGUCAGAUUGGGAUAUUGUGUUUUUUGGAUGUGUAUGCGACCUUCUCAGCGUCCAAAAGCUGACAGUAGUAUGUAGCAUUUACAGUACAACGUUCAUGAAGAAAAUCAACUAGCAAUAUUCCUCUCUAAUCUCAAAAAAUAGUUUUAAGGAUUUUUCAAGCCAACAAUUUUUCCCACUUUUAGCCACGUCAUACUGGGCUCUUUUGAAUUUGAACGCAUAAUGACGUGCCCACGUAACUAUCCGAUGAGUUUUCUAAUCGUGAAAAAGUCACCUUCCGAGAUUACUUCAGAUUUUCACGUUUCAGAUUCCCAAGAUUACGAAAAACAUAUUUCCCCAUUCUGUCUGUCUUUCUAUUAGCGCAAUAGCUCAAAAACGGUUUUAUAGAAAAACUUCAAAUUUUGUAUGGAGAUAAGGUUCCUUUCUGGCUCGAAACCAGUUAUAUUUCCGAUCAGUUAUAUACAGGGUGAGCAGUUUUUAAAAUAAAAAUUAUUUUUAAAAGUCGGCAGAUUUCGUCUAAAACUGGUAUCUGAGAGUCAAAUAUUACAGAUCCUAAAUAAUUUUUUAAAAAUUCAAAAUGGCGUAAACAAAUCGUAUUUAAUCAGAAAAGGGACUCCUUGAAUGGAAAAAAUAAAAAUUGUCCGUUUGGUUUGUGUAACUGGACCAUUUUAAAAGCAGUCAUUUAUUAUUGUUCAAUAACGGUGAUCGUGGCGAAGAAUACCGAAUAGACGCGAAGUGAGAAUUCGGGUAUGAUCUAGAGAACGAUCGAUGGAGAGAGAAAUGUGAAAAAUAGUUUUUGGUUUGGAGGUUUUAAUUUUAAAUUAUUAAAAUUUAAGUGCUUAGGAGUUCCCUGUUUUUACAAUUUUUAUAUCAAUGGAAGGUUUGGGUAAAAUACUUUACAGAUUUUUUUUUUGAACUGUGCAUGCAACCUAGUUAAAAUGUCGGACGAUAUGACGCCCUUUUUAGUGAACAAUUUAAUUAUAAUACAUUGUGCAACUGAUGGUGGUACCUCUAGCCUCUUGCUAUUGUAGCAUGCAUCCUCUUUCUACAUUCCUACCUUCAUACUCUAUGCAUGACAGUUUAUUUCGAUUUUCGAUCAGUACAGUUUUAUAUAUGACUGGCCCUUGUACAUGACCCAUUAGUGCCGUAAUUGCUCGAUAAAUCAAUUUGUUUUAUAGACACAGAAACAAGUUUUUUAAACAAAGUUGUAUGGAUUUUAAAAAGGAAUAUUCUAAAUAUAUUUUUGGAUAUACAGGAUGUUACGCUAUUGACAGACUUAAGAUACGAAGCUAACGAAUAAUGGUAAUAGAAUUGGUUUAAUUUAUACAGAGUACUUGAAACAUGUCUUAAAUAUGGUGUUUUAUUAUUGGAGAUACAAAGAAAUGUUUAAUACAAAAGUUGUAGGACGAUAUUUUACAAUUAUUCUUAAAUAUACUUUUUUGGACUAAAUAAUCUCGAUAACAGACUUGGUUGUUCCAACAUCGUUAAACAAUUUUAAUAUACUUGCAAUACCCUGUAUGUUAUACCACCAAUCUAUAAAUAUGUUUCUUUAGUUUUUAUUUUGUUUGGCAUUCCCUAUCCAAACACAUUAUUUCUCAAUAUUUUGUUGGUUUUUUUAUAAAAAAUUUACAUUUAUUUAAUUGUAAUUGACUUUAGAAACUUUGGUCAAUUAUAAAACUACAAAUAGGUAGAUCUAAUUGAUUUUUAUAAUUCUUC